GGGACAGGGACUGAAGGUUGUACUGGCAAAGAUUUUAGACAGCCAUGGAGCAAGCUCUCAGUAACUCCGUCGAAAACGAUAUUAACAAGAUGAACCCUAAUAUCGAUCCACUUCGUGCAUCGGUUCUUUUUUGUAUUCCAUCUCUACGACAAGCACUACACUGUCCGAUCACACACUGCUCGUGGUUGCUCUGUGAAUUCGCCCGACUAGUUUUGAGCUGUUUUUUCGUUUUUUGA